AUGGUCCGCAGACUCAAGCACCACGAGCAAAAGCUCCUCCGCAAGGUCGACUUCACCACCUACAAAUCCGAUAACCGGCACCGCGAUGCCGUCGUCCUGCGUCGUUACGCCAUCUCCAAGCCCUCGGACUACACAUCUUACAACCGCCUCUGUGGCUCCCUACGGCAGCUUGCGCAUCGAAUCGCCAACCUCGAUCCCUCCGAUCCGGUGCGCCGUAAGCAGGAGGACUUGCUACUGGGAAAGCUGUGGGACAUGGGCAUCCUGGGCACCGGCGGUGGAGGCAAAGGCAAGCUGAGCGAUGUGGAACACAAAGUCACCGUGUCGGCGUUUGCGAGGAGGAGGUUGGGUGUGGUCAUGACGCGGCUGCGAAUGGCGGACACGGUUCAGGCGGCGAAUAAGUUCGUAGAGCAGGGCCAUGUCAGGGUGGGGACCGAAGUGGUGACGGACACGGCAUAUCUGGUGACAAGGGACAUGGAAGAUUGGGUGACGUGGGUGGACUCCUCCAAGAUCAAGCGGAAUGUCCUGAAAUAUCGCGACAAGCUGGACGACUUUGAUCUUGGAAUGGCUUGA